CUUUACCAGGGUCCAUUAUUUGUUCUGGUCUGGUUCGUAUAACAAUCUACCUAAUUUUUGCAUCCAAUUUCUAUUUUUCAAGCACUGAGACAUUAAGCAAUAUGCAUUAUCCCAGUUUUAAUUGGUGUGCGUUUUCAUGUACAAUUCUGGUACUUGAUAUUAGUCAGAUUGGAGCACAAUUGCCUUUUAACGGACCAUGUCCGACACCGACCCCAGUUCCAAAUCUGGACAGGAAUCGGUAUUCCGGAGUGUGGAAUCUCGUGCAGAAGUACAGAUCACCAUUUGUUCAAUCAUUUUCCUGCGCAUUAGCGGACUAUUCUCGUCCAGAGGCUGACGGGACAUGGAACGGAUUUCAAAACUUUACUGAACGAUUCUCUGGCUACGAGAGAUCAAUUCCAGCCAGAGUUUCACUUUUAAGCACGGAUGGGAGUGGUUAUCUUAAUGCGGAUUCAUUCCUCUCGAUUUAUAAUCAUGUCCCGAUUCAGCCAAAUUUGUGGGAUUUCGCUUUGACGCUUAGGAUGCCGUAUUGGAUACUGACAAUGGAGGCGCAAACUAUGUUCAUCCGGGAUUAUUUUUUGACCAUGUCCAGCGCGAGCUCACUCUCGAUCACUUUUUGCGAAAUUGUGGCGCCCAUAACUUGCUGA